AUGGCAGGGCUGAAGACAGCAAGUGGGGAGGACAUUGAUGGCUCCUUCGAGCUGCAGGUGGAGGUGGAGGAGGGAGAUGCCAUGGGGCAAGGAGAUGCCAUGGGGCAGCCCAGCCCCCCGGCAGCCCUCCGCAUCCUUCCCCUCCAUGUCACCGGAGACCUGCACAUCGGUGGCCUCAUGCACCUCAUCGUGGAGACCAUUGGGGAGGCCCGGGACUGGUCGGACCACGCGCUGUGGUGGGUGCAGCAGCGGCGGUGGCUGCUGCCCCCCGGGCCCCCCCUGGAUGCGCUGGGUGUCGGGGGGGGCUCCCGGCUCCGCUUUGUCCCCCGGCACCGCCCGCUGCGGCUACGGCUCCCGGGGGGGCGUGUCCUGCGGCUGCACCUCAACUUCGCCAGGACCCCCGGGCGGGCAGUGGCGCGGGUCUGCAGUUUGCUCGGGAUCCGACACCCCGAGGAGCUUUCGCUGCUGCGUCCAGAAAAGGAGGUGGCGAGGGAGGGGCGGGGGCGGAAGGGUCGCGCCCCCCCCCAGGCCCCCCCCGACCUGGACCUGACGCACCUGCGGCCGAGGGCAGAUGAGGCCUCUCCCCCUGUACUGCCUCCUGAGCAGCUCCGGGCCCUGGUGACCCCCGGGGGGGGAAGAGACCCCCCCGCGCCCCCGCGCAGCCCCCGCGGGAACCCCCUCGUGCGGCUCGCGCAGCUGCACGCGCGGUGGCUGGACACCUCGAGGUCCCUGAUGGAACAGGACGUGGUGGACGACGAGGAGCUGCUGCUGCGCUUCAAGUACCCCUGUGCCAUGGGGCUGGAUCCCCAGGAGGGUGGGCUGCGCAUUGUUCUGCUGCAUGAGGAGGCACGCAGGGCCCUCCUGGCCGAGGAGAUUGACUGCACCGAGGAGGAGAUGCUGCUCUUUGCUGCCCUCCAGUACCAGAUAGAUGGGGCAGAGGGGGGUGAUGGGGACCCGGAGGGCCCCCUCGAGCCCCAGGACCUGGACACAGCCCUGGACAAACUGGAGCUGAGCCUAGGGGGGCAAGGGACGGCCAUUCUGCCGGAGGAGCUCGGAGCUGCCCCUGAGCUGGUGGAGGAGCUGGAGAUCUACAGGUCCUCCCGUUGGCUAUUCUGGGGGUCCCGACCUGCCCGGGCCGUGCUCUCCGGGUCAUCACUGUCACUCCGGAGCCUCCCAGGAUCGGGGGAGGGCUCACAGCAGUUCAACCUCCAUGGCUGUGAGGUGACCCCUGACGUGGAUUUGAGGGCGCAAAAGUUUUGCAUCAGACUGCGUGUGCCGACGCCGGAGGGGAUGAGCGAGACCCUCCUGCGCUGCCGUGAUGCCCCCCAGUAUGCCCGUUGGGUUGCCGGGUGCCGCUUGGCCUCGCGUGGGGGGUCCCUGUCAGCCACGUCACUCAGGGCGGAGGCUCAGGGGGUCCUGGAGGUCCUAGGGGUCCAGCAAGGGAGGGAAGACCCCACUGUGCCUCCCUGGGCCCUCUCACGCCCACCCCCAGACCCGCAGCAGUUGCUGCCUCACCGCUUCCAGCGCAAGUUCAAGGCGAAGCAGCUCACCCGCCAGCUGCUGGAGGUUCUGCACCGUGUGGGGACACUGACCCCAGGCCAGGCCCGGCUGCGCUUCGUGGAGGCCUGGAGGGCGCUGCCGGGGUUUGGGCUGGGGUACUUCAUGGUGAGGUUCCAGGGUGCUGGGCGUGAUGAGAUUUUGGCUGUGGGCCCCUCACAGCUGCUCCGGAUCAAUCCUGGCUCUGGCGCCAUUACCCGCAGCUGGAGGCACAGCGACCUGCGUCAGUGGGAUGUCAACUGGGACAGCCAGCAGGUGCGGCUGUGUCUGACUGGGGACGUGACGCUGGGGCUGCGGGUGCUCUCGGCAGCCCCCCGGGUGCUGCACCAGUUCCUGGGGGGGUCUCUGGCGCUAGGGGGGCAGCGGCCAGGGCAGCCCUCAGACCCUGAUGUGCUGAGGCGGCUGAUGGAAGGGGGGGACAACCCCUGAUGCCCCAAGGCCCCGUGCAAGAGUGGCCUCAUGCAGAUGCCCCCAUCCUGCUGCUGGCACCAGCCUCAACUCCCCUCAUCCCUGUUCCUCCCACAGCAGCACUUUUGCACCCUCUGUUCCUCCUCCUGCUGUGCAAGGCACUCGUUCAAGGCUUGUGCAACACUGGUGUGAUGGAGCUGAAUGUACUCACUGUGCUCAAUGGAA